GCAGAAAAUUGUUGGCCUGCUCCAAGUCUUGAAGUGGCUUGCGCGUAUGACGUCUAGUAACAACUCAUUGUUGCGCUUACCGCAACACGAGACACUUCAUCAACACGGAUCACCGCAGAAGCAACCUGGGUCAGUUGCUUCCGUCAUGCACUCCAAGGAAUCUGCUCACGAUCGUUACGCAUCAACUUCGCCAGAUUCUGUACGUUGACUCGCAACCUGGGGCAUUGACGACAAGUCGUCCAAAGUCUGCAAUUCCGCGC